AUGCAACUGAUUGGGUGUUGCUGUCGUGGGCCGGGACCAUGAAGCCCCGCCCUCUCCCCUCCCCACGCCGCCUUCCAAACCGCCUAUCCGCAUAAAUUAACAGCCUGUAACAGACCCUCUGGAAAGAAUUUUGUAAAUAGGAAAAAGCAGUCAAACUUCCGUCUGCAGUGGUGAACACUGGAACUUGAAGAGAAGGGACCUUCAAUAAACCAAUGCAGUUCAGAGAGGUACACAGAGAAGCUCAACCAAUCCAGAGAGCUCUCAAGUCAAGAAGGCAGGACAAGGAGAAAAGUUUAGGACUGGAGGGCCAGCCAAUCCGGUUUCUAGCUGCUUGAGCGACAGCUGCUAGCACCCAUUUGGAGACGUCUGUCAGAGCCAGGGAUGGUUACUGGACGGCGGACCAAUCAGUGACGGAGGAAGACGAGCUUGAGCCAAUUAAAACUGAGAAGGGAGCCACUGGUGGGGACCUUUCUAGGCCCCCUUCCCUUCGUGGGGUGCUAUGGAGUUCCCAGAACACAGUCAGCAGCUGCUGCAGAGCCUCCGGGAGCAGCGGUCCCAGGGUUUCCUUUGUGACUGUACGGUGAUGGUGGGUAGUACCCAGUUCUUGGCCCAUCGGGCUGUGCUGGCCUCCUGCAGCCCAUUCUUCCAGCUUUUCUACAAGGAACGGGAAUUGGACAAGAGGGAUCUGGUGUGUAUUCACAAUGAGAUUGUCACGGCCUCAGCCUUUGGGCUGCUUCUGGACUUUAUGUAUGCUGGCCAGCUGGCUCUGAGGGGGGAUACUCCUGUGGAGGAUGUCCUGGCAGCUGCCAGCUACUUACACAUGAACGACAUCGUGAAGGUGUGUAAGAGGAGGCUACAAGCCCGGGCCCUGGCAGAGGCGGACAGCACCAAGAAGGAGGAGGAAACCAAUUCACAGCCCUCUAGUUUGGAGUUUUUGUCCAGCACAUCCCGAGGCCUCCAGGCUUUGUCGGCAUCCACGGAGACGUCAGGCCACUGGGGAAAGGGGGAAUGGAAAGGCCCAGCUGCUCCCUUACCUACUGUCUGUCCUCCAGAUGAGCCACCAGUGCCCAGUGGAGCUGACACUACACAGCCUGGCAUGGAAGUUGAUUCACCACAUCUUCGAGCACCUCCCCCACCAGCAGCUGAUGUUUCUCUUGCCAGUCCCAGUAGCUCCACAGAGACCAUUCCUGGAAACUACUACUCUUCUGGCCUCCCAGCAGUUUCAGUGGAACCCCUGACUCCUCUUGAUGUGGGUCCUGAGAGUUUGAAGGUGGUGGAGCCAAAGGAUACUGGAGGACAAUUGCAAGGCUUCUAUCCUCCAGCUUCAGCUCCAGCCUCAGCCCCGGUCUCAGCCCCAGUUCCAUCCCAGGCUCCAGCCCCAGCUGAAGCUGAGCUGGUCCACGUGAAAGUAGAAGCUAUUGUAAUCUCUGAUGAGGAGACUGAUGUGUCAGAGGAACAGCCUCAGGGUCCUGAGGAACUGUUCCCACCUGGAGGAGCAGUAUAUGGGGGACAGCCCUCCCAGCAAGAGGCUUUUCAGGAGCCAGGGGCAGCAGGAUUGGAGGAGGUAGGACCUAGUGACCAGUUCCUGCCUCCAGAUCCUCACGUAUCUUAUCACCUGCUCUCAGGUCCAGGGCAGUAUCAUCGAGGACUGGUGACCUCACCCCUGCCUGUACCUUCAGCCCUGCAUGAGCCACUUUAUCUGCCUUCUGAGUAUGAAGCAAACCCAGGAAGCUUUGGGGUAUUUACUGAGGAUGUUCCUACCUGCAAGACAUGUGGGAAGACCUUCUCAUGCUCUUACACACUUCGGCGACAUGCCACAGUGCACACACGUGAGAGACCCUAUGAGUGCCGCUACUGCCUGCGCAGCUAUACACAGUCAGGGGACCUCUACCGCCAUAUCCGCAAGGCUCACAACGAGGACCUGGCCAAACGCAGCAAACCGGAUCCAGAGGCUAGCUCCGUUCUAGCAGUGCAGCCCCUCCCUGGCUCCCCAACAGUAGAUAGCAGUGGUGGUGGAAGGCCACCCAAAGAUUUUGUACUCUGCCCCCAAAACUAACAUGUAACAUCUGGGGGAGCAUGAGCUGAUUCUAGGCCUACUCUUGCCAUCCCUAGGAGGCAGCACAGAAGAUUGGAGGCAUCUCCUUAUUCCUACUGGAUGACAGGAUGAAGGCUCUGCCCAGGCUAAAGGUUUUCACCCUUUUUUUUUUUGCCCAGCCAGAUAAGCAGGACUUUUUUGGAGCAGAGCAUAUCAGGCGGCUCUCUCCAAAGGCACUAGGAAUUUUCUGAGAUAUCGUUGCUUCUCAUUCCACAUUCUGGAACAUAAAGCUAAA